AUGGAUGAAGACCUCCAGUGUGUCUCCGUACAUGGACGUGUGUUUCAGAAGAUCUCCAUUGACAAUGGCAUAUACUGUGUCCCAGUAGCCAACGACGAGCUUGAGGAAGACAGAUUGACGGCUCAGCAUGAUGUGCUGUUCAAGCUCUUUGGUAAUCACCUCUUUUCUCCUUACAUAGGGACACGAUAUCCCCAGAAGAUACUGGAAUGUGGGUACGGCGGUGGCGACUGGUCAGUUCAAGUUGCUGAAGAAUUCGAGGAUUGUGAGAUCACCGCUGUUGACAUUUAUCCUAUGCUCGUUGCGGAUCAACCGGAAAACCUUGGCCUCUGCAGCUACAACCUAAACGACCGACUGAACGACCCGGAAGUCUUUCAGGCCCGAGCCUACGAUCUGAUUCAUUCCCGCUGCAUUAGCGCAGGGAUUAAAAGCAACAGAUGGCCAUCGUAUAUUCGAGACAUGAAGUUGCUCCUUAGACCAAGCGGGUGGGUUCAAGUUGUCGAGUACUACCUCAACAUCCAGUCAAGCAGUGGCAGGCUGACGGAUCACUCGGCUGUGAGAAGAUGGUGGAUGGCAUACGCGGAGGCGAUGAGCAGAAUGAACCGCGACCCUCGGAUCGGCACUCGGUUGCAGCAUCUUUUCUCGGAAGCCAGGUUUGCAGACGUUCGAGUGGAAACCAUGCAGCUGCCGAUCGGCGACUGGGAACCAGGUGAAUACUUUUCUGUGUUGACACGCGUGGCAGAUCCAGUCAGAGCUAGUAUCGGUAAAGAUACGGUCGGGAUGAUGGGCGACCUUCUUGAGUCGCUUGGCCUUUGGCCUUUGACGCGGCAUCUCAAUUGGACAGCGGCCGAGUUCACUCGGCUGAUCAAUGAGGUUCGCACCGAGCUGCAGAACAACGAGCUAAAACUAUAUGUCCCUGUGUAA